AUGAGAGAUGGAGAGAGAAGAGCAGAAGGCAACGUUUCCACAGUGAAGGAAUUUGUCCUGCUGGGAUUCUCUGACCAUCCAAACCUCCAGGGGUUCCUAUCUGGAAUUUUUUCCAUUAUUUAUAUAAUUAUCCUUACUGGAAACAUCCUCAUCCUCACAAUCACCGUGGUUGACCCCACCCUACAGAAACCCAUGUAUUUUUUCCUGGGAAAUUUUUCCUUCCUGGAAAUCUGUUACGUGUCAGUCACUCUGCCUAGAAUUCUUUUCAACAUUUGGACUCAGAUUAGGACCAUGUCUCUGCCUGUUUGUGCCACUCAGCUAUGCUUCUUCCUCAUUCUUGGGACCAAUGAAAGCUUCCUCCUGGCUGUGAUGUCCUAUGACCGCUAUGUGGCCAUCUGCAACCCUCUCCACUAUCCUCUAGUCAUGAACACAAAGAAGUGUAUUCAACUGGCAGCUGCAGCCUGGCUCAGUGCGAUGCCAGUCCAUAUAGGACUAACCUGUUAUAUAUUCUCUCUUCAUUUCUGUCAUUCUAACCAAAUUGACCACUUCUUCUGUGAUAUACCCCCCAUUAUCAAGCUAGCCUGUGGGGACACAUUUCUGUACGAAUUGUCUGUCUACCUAGUAGCAAUGCUGUGUGCUAUAGUUCCUUUUUGGUUGAUCCUUGCUUCUUACAGCAAAAUCAUUUCCACCGUUCUGAAGUUGUCAACAGCUCAAGGACGGGGUAAGGCCUUCUCCACUUGUGCCUCCCACCUGCUGGUUGUGGUUUUGUUUUAUGGAUCUGCUAGCAUUACCUAUUUCAGGCCCAAAUCCAAUCAUUCUUCAGGGCUUGAUAAACUCUACUCUCUUUUCUAUAUCAUUUUUACUCCCAUGAUGAAUCCAUUGAUAUACAGCCUUAGAAACAAGGAGGUGAUAAUGGCACUGAGGACAUUACUACUUAAAUCCUAG